AUUCUGGUCUGAUGACAAAUUUCACUGCAUCGGCUCUGCGAAUCUAGAUGGUACUGGUAUUACUAUGCUGCAGCUAACAGAAAUCAAGAGCUCCUUUUCGGUCGCUGUGUUUGAAGAUGAAGUCUUCUGGUCUGACAUGAAGACGAGAACAGUACAGCGCGUGACGAAGACGACAGGCAAGAACAGGGCUGUCCUCAUCAAGCGUUCUGAACAGCCUGGUGGACUCAAGAUCAUGCACGAAGUGCUCCAGCCCAAGUCUUCCAACCCUUGUCUGGAGGCUGGAUGUUCUCACUUGUGCCUUCUGAGCGCACGAUCCAAGGGAAGCUGUCAUUGCCCAGCUGGGCUCCUGCUCGCAGAUGAUGGCAUCACGUGCGUUCCCCUCGAGGAGUCUGCGUUUCUGUUCCUUGUGUUGCCCACAGUUAUUAUGCAGGUACCGUUGCACAGCCUUACUCGCAUGUCUCCGCCUGGGCUGUAG